CGGCGGCCGGACGCUGUGAGCUGAGCGCGGCGGCCCUGCCGGGGCCGCUGAACGGCGGCUGGUUGGGGCGGCGGCGGCUCCUCGGGGCGUGGCGUGGCGGCGGCCGGGGUGAUGCUGCUCAAGCUCUUACAGAGACAGACCUAUACCUGCCUGUCCCACAGGUAUGGGCUCUACGUCUGUUUCGUGGGCGUCGUCGUCACCAUCGUCUCCGCCUUCCAGUUCGGAGAGGUGGUUCUGGAAUGGAGCCGGGAUCAAUACCACGUUUUAUUUGAUUCCUACAGAGACAAUAUUGCUGGAAAGUCCUUUCAGAAUCGGCUCUGUCUGCCCAUGCCCAUUGACGUGGUUUACACCUGGGUGAAUGGCACAGAUCUUGAACUACUGAAGGAACUACAGCAAGUCAGAGAGCAGAUGGAGGAGGAGCAGAAAGCAAUGAGAGAAAUCCUUGGGAAAAACACAACGGAACCAACCAAGAAGAGUGAGCAGCAGUUGGAGUGUUUGCUGACUCACUGCAUUAAGGUGCCGAUGCUGGUCCUGGACCCAGCCCUGCCGGCCAACAUCACCCUGAAGGACCUGCCAGCUCUUCACCCUCCUUUUCAUUCUGCCAGUGACAUAUUCAAUGUUGCAAAACCGAAAAACCCUUCCACUAAUGUCUCAGUUGUUGUUUUCGACAGUACUAAGAACGUUGAAGAUGCCUACACUGGAAUGUUUAAAGGAAUCAGCAAGCAGACAGUUUGGAGGGGCUACUUGACCACAGAUAAAGAAGUUCCUGGGUUAGUGCUAAUGCAAGAUUUGGCUUUCCUGAGUGGAUUUCCACCGACAUUCAAGGAAACAAAUCAACUAAAAACAAAAUUGCCAGAAAAUCUUUCCUCUAAAAUAAAACUGUUGCAGUUGUAUUCGGAGGCCAGUGUAGCCCUUCUAAAAUUGAAUAACCCCAAAGAUUUCCAAGAACUGAAUAAGCAGACGAAGAAGAACAUGACCAUUGAUGGAAAAGAACUGACCAUAAGUCCUGCGUUUUUGUUAUGGGAUCUGAGUGCCAUCAGCCAGUCUAAGCAGGAUGAAGACGUUUCUGCCAGCCGUUUUGAAGAUAAUGAAGAGCUGAGAUACUCACUGCGAUCUAUUGAGAGGCAUGCGCCGUGGGUUCGGAAUAUUUUCAUCGUCACCAACGGGCAGAUUCCAUCCUGGCUGAACCUUGAUAAUCCUCGAGUGACAAUAGUAACACAUCAGGAUAUUUUUCGAAAUUUGAGCCACUUGCCUACCUUUAGUUCACCUGCUAUUGAAAGUCACAUUCAUCGCAUCGAAGGGCUGUCCCAGAAGUUUAUUUAUCUGAAUGAUGAUGUCAUGUUUGGAAAGGAUGUCUGGCCAGAUGAUUUUUACAGUCACUCCAAAGGUCAGAAGGUUUAUUUGACUUGGCCUGUGCCAAACUGUGCUGAGGGCUGCCCGGGUUCCUGGAUUAAAGACGGCUAUUGUGACAAGGCUUGUAAUAAUUCCGCCUGUGACUGGGAUGGUGGGGAUUGCUCUGGUAACAGUGGAGGGAGUCGCUAUGUUGCAGGAGGCGGGGGUACCGGGAGUAUUGGAGUCGGACAGCCCUGGCAGUUCGGUGGAGGGAUAAACAGUGUCUCUUACUGUAAUCAAGGAUGUGCGAAUUCCUGGCUCGCUGAUAAGUUCUGUGACCAAGCCUGCAAUGUCUUGUCCUGUGGGUUUGAUGCUGGUGACUGUGGGCAAGAUCAUUUUCAUGAAUUGUAUAAAGUAACUCUUCUCCCAAACCAGACUCACUAUGUUAUUCCAAAAGGUGAAUGCCUGCCUUAUUUCAGCUUUGCAGAAAUAGCCAAAAGAGGAGUCGAAGGCGCCUAUAGUGACAACCCAAUAAUUCGACAUGCUUCUAUUGCCAAUAAGUGGAAAACCAUCCAUCUCAUAAUGCACAGUGGAAUGAAUGCAACCACAAUACAUUUUAAUCUCACCUUUCAAAAGACAAAUGAUGAAGAGUUCAAAAUCCAGAUAACAGUAGAGGUGGACACAAGAGAGGAACCAAAACUGAAUUCUACGACCCAGAAGUCUUACCAAAAUUUGGUUAGCCCUGUAACACUUCUUCCAGAGGUAGAAAUCCUGUUUGAGGAUAUUCCUGAAGAAAAACGCUUCCCAAAGUUUAAGAGACGUGAUGUUAACACAACAGGGAGAUUCCAAGAGGAGGUGAAAAUUCCCCUGGUAAAUGUUUCACUCCUCCCAAAAGAGGCACAGUUGAGUCUCAAUAACUUGGAUUUGCAACUAGAACAUGGAGACAUCACUGUGAAAGGAUACAACCUGUCCAAGUCAGCCUUGCUGAGGUCGUUUCUGAUGAAAGUACAGGAUGCCGAUGUAAAAAUAAGUCAAGCUGUAAUAACAGAUGAAAGAAAUGAUAGUUUGGAGGCCCCCCCAGAAAAACAGAUUCACAAAAACAUCUUGCCAGACAGCUUAGGACCAUCUGAAAGAUUACAGCGGUCGACUUUUCCAGCAGUGACAAUAAAAGUGACUGGCCACUACGAGAGUCAGAGUCCACCCACAGACUUGGAAACCAAAGCAAAAUUGAGAUCUGAAACUCCGACCCAGAAAGUGGGAGGUGGAAGUGUGUCAAAAGAAAAGCUCUUAUCUCUGAUUGUUCCACUGGAAAACCAUGUGUCAGAAGAAAAGAAAGUCACAGGGAAAGAACAAGAGAAAAACAGAAUGGAGGAAAAUGCUAAAAAUGACAUAGGUGUUAAUGAAGUAUUACCUGGAAGAAAACUGCAACAUUACACAGAGAGUUACCUGGGCUUUUUGCCAUGGGAGAAAAAAAAGUAUUUCCAAGAUCUUCUUGAUGAAGAAGAGUCAUUAAAGACGCAAUUGGUAUACUUUACUGACAGCAAACGUACUGGGAGGCAACUAAAAGAUACGUUUGCAGAUUCCCUCCGAUAUGUAAAUAAAAUUCUAAAUAGCAAGUUUGGAUUCACAUCUCGGAAAGUCCCGGCACACAUGCCUCACAUGAUCGACCGAAUAGUUAUGCAAGAACUACAAGAUAUGUUCCCUGAAGAAUUUGACAAGACGUCAUUUCACAAAGUGCGCCAUUCUGAAGAUAUGCAGUUUGCCUUCUCUUAUUUUUAUUAUCUCAUGAGUGCGGUUCAGCCACUGAAUAUAUCUCAAGUUUUUGAUGAAGUUGAUACAGACCGAUCUGGUGUCUUAUCUGACAGAGAAAUCCGAACACUGGCUACCAGAAUUCAUGACCUGCCUUUAAGUUUGCAGGAUUUAACAGGUCUGGAACACAUGUUAAUAAAUUGCUCGAAAAUGCUUCCUGCUAAUAUCACUCAGCUAAACAACAUUGCACCAACUCAGGAAGCGUACUAUGAUCCCAAUCUGCCACCAGUCACUAAAAGUCUAGUAACCAACUGUAAACCAGUAACUGACAAAAUCCACAAAGCAUAUAAGGACAAAAACAAAUAUAGGUUUGAAAUCAUGGGAGAAGAAGAAAUUGCUUUUAAAAUGAUUCGUACCAAUGUUUCUCAUGUGGUUGGCCAGUUGGAUGAUAUAAGAAAAAACCCCAGGAAGUUUGUUUGCCUGAAUGACAACAUUGACCACAAUCAUAAAGAUGCCCAGACAGUGAAGGCUGUUCUCAGGGACUUCUAUGAAUCCAUGUUCCCCAUACCAUCCCAGUUUGAGCUCCCAAGAGAGUAUCGAAACCGUUUCCUUCAUAUGCAUGAGCUGCAGGAAUGGAGAGCAUAUCGAGACAAAUUGAAGUUUUGGACUCAUUGUGUACUAGCAACAUUGAUUAUGUUUACUAUAUUCUCAUUUUUUGCUGAACAGUUAAUUGCACUUAAGCGGAAGAUAUUUCCCAGAAGGAGGAUUCACAAAGAAGCUAGUCCUGAUCGAAUCAGGGUAUAGAAGAUCUUCAUUUGAAAAUCAUCUACCUCAACAUUCACUGAGCAUUUUAAAACUCAGCUUCACAGAGAUGUCUUCAUGAUACGAUGCUUAGCCAGCCUGGCCUGAAGAAGGAAAAUCAUCCA